GCGAGCCAUCUCCUCCUGGAGGAGCCAAUCCGGUUGGCAUCCAUUCUCGAGUCCUCGUCGUACCAUAAGUCGCUGCCAUGUCUGACCAAGAUCGUUGCGACCGUUGGUGGGACGAGCCAGAGCGUUGAGGUGCUGGAAGGGCUGCUCGAAGCCGGCAUGAACGUCGCGCGAUUCGACUUCUCGCAUGGGGACUCGGACUAUCACCAAACCACACUGGACAACCUUCGCGCGGCCAUGCGCAAGACAAAGAAGCUCUGUGCGGUGAUGUUUGACACGAUGGGGCCGGAGAUCACCAUCCACAACGCGUCGGGCAGCCCCAUCUCGCUCACGGCCGGCGACUCCAUCACCAUCACGCCCAGCCCCUCCGCCGCGCCCAUCUCCUCGCAGCUGCUCCCCAUCAACUUCAAGGGCCUCGCCAAGGCAGUGAAGCCGGGAGAUGAGAUCUUCGUGGGGCAGUACCUGUUCACGGGCAGCGAAACCACCUCCGUCUGGCUCGAGGUCCACGAGACGAAGGGCACUGAUGUGAUCUGCUUCGUCAAGAACAGUGCCACGCUGGCGGGCACUGUGUUCACGGCCCACGUGGCACAGGUGCGCAUAGACCUGCCGACGCUGACGGAGGAGGACAAGCGGCUGAUUGCCACGUGGGGGCAGCGCAACAGCAUCGACAUCAUCUCCCUCUCCUUCACACGCCACGCUGACGACGUCCGCCAGGCCCGAGCGCUGCUGUCGAAGCUGGGCGAUCUCUCUCAGACGCAGAUCUAUGCCAAGAUUGAAAACAUGGAGGGAUUGAAGCACUUUGACGAGAUUCUUCAGGAGGCAGACGGCAUCAUCCUCUCACGAGGCGAUCUGGGCAUUGACCUCCCAGCAGAGAAGGUGUUUCUGUUUCAGAAGGCGGCCAUCUUCAAGUGCAACAUGGCGGGCAAGCCGUCCAUCAUCACGCGUGUGGUGGACACCAUGACAGACACGCCGCGCCCCACCAGAGCCGAGGCCACCGACGUUGCCAACGCCGUGCUCGAUGGCACGCACACGGUGCUGCUGGGGGCGGAGACGCUGCGAGGGCUGUACCCCGUGGAGACCGUCAUGACCGUGCGCAAGAUCUGCGCUGAGGCAGAGAAGGUGUACAACCAGCAGCUCUACUUCAAGAAGACGGUCAAAUACGUUGGCGAGCCCAUGAGCCACAUCGAGUCCAUCUGCUCCUCUGCUGUGCGUGCAGCUGAGAAGGUGCGCGCGUCAACCAUCGUGGUCUUCACGUCGUCAGGCCGCACAGCUAGGCUGGUGGCCAAGUACAAGCCCACCAUGCCCACGCUGGUGGUGGUGGUGCCGCGCCUCAGCACCAACCAGCUCAAGUGGAGCUUCACUGGUGCCUUCCAGGCCCGCCAGUGCCUCGCCAUUCGAGGCCUCUUCCCCAUGCUCGCCGACCCACGUAACCCGUCGGCGAGCAACAUCACGACGAACGAGACGGUGCUGAAGAUGGCGAUGGAGAAGGGCAGGGAGAUGGGCCUCAUGCGCGCCCAUGACCGUGUGGUCGUCGUGCAAAAGCUCGGCGACUCCUUUGUUGUCAAGAUCCUUGAGAUUGGCACCUAA